CAACUGGGUUGCGUGCUGAAUAUCUGCGGCAACUCUUUAUCCACGUUUCGGGUGGUAUUCUUCAUAUAGCGGGACUCUCGUGUCCUGGCACCCUCAUACUUUGCCGAAGCACGUCAAUCAGGACAUGCUCCACGAACAAAACGAUUCCUUUAAGAUCUAUGGCAAUCAUUCUCACCGAGGUCCUACGGCAUGUAAGCAGCCUUGGAGUACGGUGGCGUCACUAUCUGCACGCUCAAGGGCUCUUAGUCGUGGUUCUUGCUUGCAUGUUCUUCUUUGUCCCCGUCUCAGAGCAGUACACGUCUCUUGACAAGAGGAGCUGGGGUGGAUGGGACGAGCGCGCAGAUACGGAGAGAUGCUACAAGCAGGAACGGACAGCGACUUUGCUAGCUUUCUGGCUUGGCGUGUUCGGUGCAGACCAUUGGUACGCGCGUCACUGGGUUUUGGCUGUCUUCAAGACUGCUACUCUUGGUGGCCUGGGUAUCUGGGCUGUAGUUGAUGUGAAUUUGUGGAUCGUUGGCGGAUACUAUGGAACUCCUGGGUGCCCUGGUGGUAGCAAGAAAGAAUGGGCUUACUGAGGAAGACAUUAGACCUAUCGGUGCCGCAACUAUAU